AUGGCAUCUUCAUACCUACUUUGGUGGAGAGCGAGCGUAUCGUGCCGACAUGACUUCGUAAAUGACAAACCUGCCCGAGCGGAAGUCAACCGGUUGAUCCGGGCGUUCGACAACUCCUGCGUAUUCCCAAACACCGUCCUCACGAAGUUUGCCAAGCGUGUGGAGGCUGCGGCAGGAGGCGUGACGUCUUCGCUGCUGGUAUUCCGCGAUGUGAUUGCAGGUGUUGCUGAAGAAAAGCUCGCUGCUCACGAGGCACGCAUCCAGGAAUCCAUCAUCGCCAAAGUAGCCGCUAGCGAAACCCAAGUCAACGAAGCAUCGGCGUGGGUCAUCGCCUUUACUGUGGCUUCAGGUGAGUCGCAAACUCGCCAGUUAUCGCAAACGCGUAGCGCAAUCGAACUACUUGGAAUCCAAGACGCUCCUGUCGCUCCAUCGGCAGAUCCCACCCACUACAGCUCCUCAACUCGGCGCAGUUCAACUCACCACAGCCUCGACAACAGCUCCCCAUGCCGAUCCUUCACUCGACACAGCAGCUCAAUUCGCCACGGCAGCUCCACUCACCACAGAACCUCCAACCGACGCAAUGACUCCAGUCGACGAGGCAACUCCUCCCACCACGGCAGCUCUACUCGCCACAGCACAUCCAACCGACGCUCCUUCAGUCGUUAA